AUGGCGAUGAGGGGUGGUGGCUACGGUUACGGCGUCUCGGCGUACGGCAACUACGACAGCUACGCGAGGGACUUCGGUUUCGGGUUUGGUGGCAGUGGUGCGCGUCCACCGCCGGGCGGCGGGUAUUUCGGCGGCGGCGGAGGGUCAGGGGAAAGCGGUGGACCUACCGCGAGGGUAAACCCAGAGUAUUACCAGAAAGAGGGCGGCUACGGGUACGAGGGCACGAGGACGUCGGCGAUAGACGAGACGGAAAACCCGGCGGCAAAGCGGCGCAAGGUGGAGGGUGUGUCGAUAUGCUUCGACUUCGUACGCGGCCACUGCGGGAGAGGAGCUAAGUGCUCAAAGCCGCACGUCAACUUCGUAGAGUCCAUCGACGAGCGAGAGAUCAUGUCAAAGGUCAAGUUUUGUCACGACUUUCAAAACCGUGGCAUGUGCUCGCGAGGUGACUGCAAGUUUCUGCACGUGACUCGCGCGAGGAAGAUGACUUUUUACUAA